CCGGCACGGACGUAUGGUGCUCGCCACGCUUGCUGCGCAAAACACGUUCGGAACGAGGGCAUCACCUUAUAGUUCCGUGAUUAGUAUCCACGGCCAGACCAUCGAGGCUGGUUUGCGUUAGCCCUAUGUCCGGCCUGGCCACUCUCGCGAGGGUAAAUUGAGACGGGCCCCGUUCGGGCAUGUCACCGUUGCUUGUCUUGCGGAUUGCGAGCUUUCAGGGCCCGCUACGGGCGGUUUCCCGCUGUCGAAUGGCGCCGUUUUGCAACUUCAACGGCGGCUAUAAUUCGAAUGACAUGGGAAUCAUCGUCGUGUGGCACCCAACGUCCAUGUGUGAGGUCGUUAUUUCGCGAGUCGCCUGAAGGAACAACGAUGCAAGGCCGCGUCGAGGAGAUGAAGACGCACAAUAUGCGCUGGUCGUUUUCAGCGAGGUUGGUAGCACGCCGUCACUGCUAUAGUCGUCCCGAUUCUCAAGUGCAUGAAGAACAGGUCGAGGUCGGGUAGUUGAUAAAAGCAGGCAGGGUUCUCUUUGACAUGGUCAAUUAGACUGAGGGCGGAAGCCUUUUUGUUAAUAAUCAUACAUUUACAAAGUACAGUGAGCGGCGACCCUGGCAUGGUGGUGGUCGCUCAUCACGUCAACCAGUCGUGGCGGACACUGUGCGCCGUUUCAUCUUCACACUCCGCCCAAGCAUCAUCCAUCCCGCUACUGCCCACCACCAUCGGAUUUGCAGACGGGAUCGACUUUCUCGGCCGCAGCACCCUGUUCUCCCCAAGGGAGGACGGACAGCUGGCACCAGUCCCUCAUUUCAGUCGUUUUGCUUCCUGCGUGCCAUCCCCUCCUGUCACAAAGCCUCGCUUCCUCUGAGGCGGGAAGCUCUCUCGCCAAAGAUCGACAGAAGCACACUACGCGGCAUGUGUUGAUACACCUUACGUAGAGCGAUCUCGCCACCCUCGCGCGUGCCCCCCCACCCCCUCCAAAUCAGUCCGCCUUGGGGGAUUUGCCGCGCACAACCCAAAGAGCACCCCUCCCUUCCCCCGUCGCGACUUCUAGGUCGCCAGCGGACGCGCCAUGGACAAUGACGGGUCGCAGGGCAACACGUCGCCACGGCCGGCAGUGGCCUCAGAUACGGGGAGCAGGUUGAGCGACACUCAGGACCGGCCGACGCCGCUCGCAACGGAACCACCGUCUCACCACCAAAGCGGCCACGCAGGAAUCUCCUCCACGCCUACGGACACGCAGUCCCAAAACAUGAUGAGCCCUGGACCCUACUCGUCCUGGAGCACUGGGUCAGAGUUUCAACUGGGACAUCAGUCCGCGCCGUCCGACAUGUCUGACCGCGUCUUUCCCAUUCGUUCUGUGGUCAGCGUUGGUCCGGCCCAAAGGAGGGGUUCAGCAUCUGGCGACGACUAUUUUCCAGCCCUUUCCGAUACGGACAGUCGAGGAAUGGCUUCGCACCGUAUGAGCGGGCCCCGUCCAGGCCCAAAUGCCGAGCUUAGGAGGUCAGGGACUCUGCCAUCGACAACGUCGCCCUUCGACCGAGCCGCGCAACUGCGGAGGAAGAGAGCCACGAGUGGCCCGUUCUCGAGCAUACAGGCAGAUGCUGCACGGCAGGGCACAAUUGCGCCGUUGAACCUGGACGUCUCGGGCUCCGACAAGGAGUCGGAGGAUUCCGUGCCCAUGGGGCCCGGGGCCUCGGCGGGCGGCCCACGACAAAGCAGUGCAUCCUUCGUUUCAGGCCAUCAGUCAUUAUCGGAACUGGCACAUGUCACCUCGCGCUUUACACACAUCGAGACGGAGGACGGCCAUGCCGUUAUUACAGGCCGUGACGGCGUGUUGCAGCAGUGCGAGGACGAGCCCAUCCAUACGCCGGGUGCUGUGCAAGGCUUUGGCGUUCUAUUAGCCUUCCGUGAGGAGCAAGAUGGGAAUUUCUCCGUACGAUAUGUCAGCGAGAACUCGGAGAAGAUGCUUGGGUACAGCCCAAAGCAGCUGUUUAGGCUGAAGAGCUUCAUGGACAUCCUCACAGAAGAGCAGCAAGAUAAUCUCCUUGACCACAUCGACUUCAUCCGCGACGAGGACGCUGACCCGGCCGUCAACGGACCCGAGGUGUUGAGCCUCUCCAUUCGGCCGCCCAAGAGCAGGAAAAGCGUCAAGCUCUGGUGUGCUAUCCACAUCAAUCCCGCCCACCCCGAACUCAUCAUUUGCGAAUUCGAACUCGACGACGAUCACAUGUACCCGCUACGACCCGUUGACGAGCUGGCCCCCGACGCGCCACACGACACGCUGCAUUCGAACCCAACCUUGGAGGAAAUCGAAGAGAGCACCGAGAUCUUGAGUAAACCACUUCGCAUCCUCCGCAGCGCUCGGAAAAGAAGAGGCGAACAAGGCGCGAUGCAAGUGUUCGACAUCAUGUCUCAGGUGCAGGAGCAACUUGCAUCAGCGCCGAACCUGGAUGCCUUCCUCAAAGUCUUGGUGGGGAUUGUCAAGGAGCUAACAGGCUUCCAUCGCGUCAUGAUCUACCAGUUUGAUGCGUCCUUCAACGGCAAGGUUGUCACCGAACUCGUCGACACCUCGCAAACCAUAGAUCUUUACAAGGGGCUUCAUUUUCCCGCAUCCGAUAUCCCGCGCCAAGCUCGAGAGCUCUACAAGAUCAACAAGGUGCGCCUGCUUUACGACCGAGACCUUGAGACCGCAAGGAUCGUGUGCCGCACACAAGAGGACUUGGAGACUCCCUUAGACAUGACCCAUGCAUAUCUCAGGGCGAUGUCGCCAAUCCACAUCAAAUACCUGGCGAAUAUGGCCGUGCGGUCGUCCAUGUCAAUUUCUGUCAACGCCUUCAACGAGCUUUGGGGGUUGAUUGCUUGCCAUUCAUACGGCCCGCAUGGGAUGCGCGUUUCCUUCCCCAUCAGAAAGAUGUGUCGAUUGGUGGGCGACACUGCCUCUCGCAAUAUAGAACGACUCUCAUACGCCUCGAGGUUACAGGCGCGCAAGCUAAUCAACACUGCGCCGACGGAUAAGAACCCCUCUGGUUAUAUCAUUGCCUCAUCCGACGAUCUCCUGAAAUUGUUCGAUGCCGACUUCGGUCUGCUGUCGAUCAAGGGUGAAACCAAGAUCAUGGGCGCGAUUGAGCAUAGCCAGGAGGCUCUCGCCAUGCUCGAGUAUUUGCGAAUGCGCAAACUGACCUCGGUUCUCACGUCUCAGGAUAUUCGAGAGGAUUUUCCCGACCUGCGGUAUCCACCAGGGUUCCAAGUCAUUGCAGGUUUGCUUUACGUCCCUCUGAGUGUUGGCGGUGUAGAUUUCAUCGUCUUCUUUCGCAAAGGCCAGGUCAAAGAAGUGAAGUGGGCCGGUAAUCCUUACGAAAAGACCGUGCGACAAGGGACCUCUGGCUACCUAGAACCGAGAACGAGCUUCAAGACAUGGCACGAGACUGUCAUCGGCAAAUGCCGAGAUUGGAACGAGGAACAGGUAGAGACUGCUGCCGUUCUUUGCCUUGUCUACGGUAAAUUCAUCGAGGUGUGGCGCCAGAAGGAGGCAGCGAUGCAAAGCAGCAAGCUCACUCGGUUGCUUCUGGCAAACUCUGCCCACGAGGUUCGAACGCCACUCAACGCAAUCAUCAACUACUUGGAGAUUGCCCUUGAGGGUUCUCUCGACAAGGAGACUAGGGAAAACCUUGCCCGGUCUCAUUCCGCGUCGAAAUCUUUGAUAUAUGUUAUCAAUGACCUGCUCGACUUGACGAAGACCGAAGAGGGUCAAAACUUGGUCAAGGACGAGAUAUUCGAUCUGACAGCGUGCAUUCAGGAGGCUACUGACCCCUUCCACAUCGACGCGAAGCGAAAAGGCAUUGAAUACAGAGUGACCUCUCAUUCUGGCUUACCGCGUUUUGUCUACGGCGACGGACGACGUAUUCGUCAGGUGAUCUCCAACAUCACCGCAAAUGCGGUAGCGCACACAGAUAGCGGGUCUGUUCAUGUUGACUUAUUUGUCUCCGACGUCAGAGACGGACAGGCUAUCAUCGACAUUGCAGUAGCUGACUCUGGAACUGGUAUGAGCUCACAACAACUCGAUGCUCUGUUCCGUGACCUAGAGCAGGUCAGCUAUGAAGAGAUUGGGCCUGGAGACACGGGAGACCAAACACACAAACCCCACGAUACGCGAACACUCGGGCUCGGACUUGCUAUCGUCGCUCGUAUUGUGAGGAACAUGGAUGGCCAGCUGCGAUUGAAGUCUGAAGAAGGUCAGGGCUCGCGGUUUGUCGUUCAGCUGCCCUUUUUAUUAGCGGACGAAUCGCCCGCGUCUUCCGGAGACCCAAACUACGAUGCUUCCCAAACCAGCCAAAUUUCCAAUGCCGUGGCCUCAGCCCCGGAUUCAUUGAAGGCUCCGCCCGCGGGUGAGAUUACCCUCAUCGACCGCGGCAGUGCCGCCGCUACGGUUAUGGAGGGAGAGAAGACAGGCGGCGACGAGGGGAGCGCCCGAAGCCGUCGUAGUGUCGGAAGCUACGGCAGCCACGGCAGCCACCAAAGCGACGCCGAUAGGCUCAUACACGCCAUACAAACACCUUUGUCCUUGAACGAUGAGCAGUCCGGAUACUUUGCUGCCCGAUCGGACUCACGAGGCAGCGCAGGCCAUGCCCCGUCUAAGGCAAGCAUUGGCACAGCCAUCUCGGCAAGCCCGCAGUCGCGAAGGGCCACCAUCUCGUCACCAACAACGAGACGAGACGAAGCCGGAACCGCUGAGGUUCGCGAUGAAAAAACCAUGAUCCGGGCUGUGAAAGUUCCCGAAGAAUACAGGGACUUGCCGACCCAUCCACAAGUUGGUGAACAGUCGCGAAUACUGUUCGAGGUCUCCAGUGACAGCGGCCACACUUCAGUACCGAGCAAAGGAACGACGCGAUCAGGCUCCGUUGACGGCACCUCUUUGCGCACCUUGUGUGCGGAAGACGACCCCAUCAACAUGAAGGUGCUGCGGAAGAGACUCGAGAAGUCUGGCCAUGAGGUCCAGCACGCCGUCAAUGGUCAAGAUUGUGCCGCCGUGUACAGAGAUAGCCCCAGUUCUUUUGAUGUUAUUCUUAUGGAUAUGCAGAUGCCAAUCGUCGAUGGCCUGACAAGCACCAAAAUAAUUCGUGACGUAGAAAAGUCCGACGAGCAUACAGAACACUCUCACCUGGCGGCUAUCAAUGGACGAAUCCCCAUCUUCGCCGUGUCAGCGUCUCUUGUAGAGAGUCAGAAACAGACCUACAUCGAUGCCGGAUUCGACGGGUGGAUACUGAAGCCGAUCGAUUUCAAGCGACUUAACAUUUUACUGGCUGGCAUACUUGACACUCGGACGCGCAACUCUAGUUUGUACGCCCCGGGACACUGGGAGAGAGGUGGCUGGUUUGGUCCACGCGAAGUCUCAGAGGGAACUUCAGACUCGCAAACCACUCCGAGAGCAGACGAAACGAGAGAUAAAGAGCUGCAUGACACGAGCAGUGACAAACCAGACGAAAACACAACGGCAACACGGUGAUGUAUAGUACGAGCCACCAAACAAGAAAGUCAAACAAAUCCGCAUCAGCGGUUGUUCCGAUCACGGUGCAAGCAAGUCAAAGUUGUGCGACUUCGCUUACGUCCCGUUCCCCGAAAUUGUCAUCAGCUUGCCAGGUGAAGCAUAAUCCCUGAGCUUUGGUGACGCAACGAGGCUUCAUCGUUCAUCUCUUGCAUGAUACCUGUUCGAAUGAAGAGACUAUGGGGAAUAUAGCACGAUCGGAGAGAAUUUAUUAUUGCUGAGACGUUGAUGACUCGUCGGAUGGUCAUGGCCUGCCACUGCAUCGGUACGGUAUGAUGAACGGCAUUCCGGAAACGAGGGGUCCGGAGUUGGGCAUGAUGGUGAAUAUGGACUGGCGUCGGUAGAUACACGGAUAACCGCGUGGCGUUCUAUGGCCUUGUGAUGGGAAAUCGACAUGGUAUUUACCGUGCAACUUUGUGGCUAUUGAUUAGACUCCUUUGCACCGAAGACAGCUGGUCACACACCGGGACGGGAUCCGUGCGUGAAGUCACAGGACCGCCUUCACGAGCCCCCCCCCCCAAAAAGGCUACAUUCGCCUUUGCAAGUCUAUGAUAUUCUUGUGUUAAGACUUUGACGCCCAAACAGAAGGCGAUUGCACCCAUGAGGUGGGGGUGAAUUGGACUGACUGACCCUCCUCACGCCCAACGGAACGAUGCUUCGCAGCCUAGCAUCGAUGGCGACGCCCAUGGGUGAGUUAUGUUAGGCAGGGAUGUUUUAUGCACGGGAAGGAUAUCGUCAAGGCAUCACAGGAUGUCUGUUGCAUUGGGGAGGCAGCAUCCCUGAAGCAGCAUGAAGAUACAUAGUUGGUAACGUACUAUAUACAGCGCGUAAUUGUAUGUACAUGACAGAAAGG